UAAGACAUAGGUCUUAAAAAUAAAAAAUUUUUUUUUCAUAUUUUAUAUUUUUAUUAGUAUUAUUACAAAUUACAGUACAUAUUUUAUAUUAACUUCAUUGUUUGCAAUAUCCAACAACUAUAAUUAAAUUUAAUCGUCAAAUUCAUUACGACUAUCAUCAAUAUUUGAAAAUAUAUUUUUGUUUAAAAUGGCUGCUCGUGAAGCCUCUAAAUGUGCAACUAAAAUGGUCAGGCCAUUAUUGUCAUCUGAUAAAUCAGAAGCCAAAAAAAGAGUUUUAAAUUUAUACAAAACAUAUUACAGGCAAAUCCCUCUGAUGUUGUUUGAUCGCCAUUUACCUGUUACAAAAGAAGAAUGUCAAAUUAAGUUGAAAGAAGAAUUCUUAAAAAAUAAACACAUAACUGAUGUUAGAGUCAUUGAUAUGUUGGUUAUUAAGGUAUGUAAGUGUAGUGAUCACGUCGCCUACAGGUAUCAGUAGU